AUGGCCCGGCGCGCGCCCGGCCCGCCGGCCCAGGAGCGGGGCCCCCGCGCGGGCCCGUGGAGAACCCCGCUGCUGCCCGAGCUGGUCGCGCCCGAGCCGCGGGGGCCGCCAGGUGCGGGCGGCGCGUGGUGGCGGGACCGCGACCCCGAGCCCCGGGCGGGCGGCGGGCGCCCCGCGGCCCGGUCCCGGCUGCCGCCGCUGCGCUGGGCCGGCGGCCCCCGGGGGUCGCGGUCGUGGUCCGGGGAGCCCUGGCAGCCCCCCGACUCCCUGGGCGGGCUUCUGGGCGAGCUUCUGCCCAGCAAGUUCCAGGACUUCCUGCGGGAGCUGCAGGCCAAGUGCGCCGACGGCGCGGGGCCGCAGCGCGAGGCCGGCGGCGGCGGCGGGGCGGGGCGGGGGGACGCGGCCGGGCCCCCGCCGCGCGCCCGGCGCCCCGGGCCCCCGGCUCCCCGCGGGCCCGCCCGCCCCGCCCCGCCCGGCGCCCCCGGGCCCCGGCGCCGGCCGCGCCCCGCCCGCCCUGACGCGCCCCCCCCUCCUCCCCGGCUCUCAGCACAGACAUGCGGCCAGGGCGGAGCCCCCGCGGGCAGCCGGAGCCCCCAGUGCCCCACCUGCCCCUUCCUGCCCGACCUGUGGCACCACCCGACCCAUUUCCACCACCUGCCGCCCGGCCACCCGCACCCGCAGCCCGCGCUGGGCCGAAUGACGGGCGACCGCCUGAAAAAGGGCAACCUGCUGCAAGGCUCACAGGUACCCAGGAUCAACACUGUCCAGAUCCCCAGCCCCGGGGAGGGCACUGCCCCCCGCCACCGACGCUACUGCCCGUUCCGGGUGCGGUUUGAGGAUGAGACCCUGCGGGACUCAGAGCGCAGAUACUGGGAGCGCAACUGUGCCGUCCACAGGAACAUCUUCGAGGAAGAGCCAAGCACGCUUCCAGAAGGUUCUGUGCCGGAGCGGGUGUUGCGGAACGUGGGGAAGUGGCUGGAGAGUCUGCCCAAGGCUGUGUACCCCAGACUCAAAGAAGCCAUGGGCAGCAGCAGCUCGUCCUGGGAGCGCACUGGCGUAGCCAGCACGUCCAGACCGCGGGGGGACUACAAAACCUUCCUGGACGCCUACGGCACCCUGGGUCGGAGGUCCCCAGCACCCUGCUCCUGCACCCACAAGCAGGAGCCCUUCCUGCCCAGCUUGGUGCUUCAGUCUCUCCUGAGGCGCAGCCGGCUGUAGGGAGGCGCGGGCAGUGCGG